AUGCCAUCACUAUCGAUCGGCAAGGCACAGACUGCGUCCACCACAGGUAUUCGUUCCAAUGCUAGGAAGCCUAAGCACCAGACCACUAGGAAAGGGAUACCGGCACACGGCAACAAUACCGCGCUUUAUGUCGAAAGCGAAAGCGAGCUGGAAGCAAAGAGGCUCGCCGCUCAGCGGACAGCAAUGGUGAUGGCCAAUCGCGCCACAGCUAUUCUGAAGAUGCAACAGCAGCGAGAUCCCGACGUACUUGACCUUCGACCUUACGCUGGAGAGCUCACUGAUUUCCUGUUGGCCGAAAUGGCAUACCAGCUACGGGCAAAUCGAUUCGUCACUGGCUAUUCACUGCUCAUUCUCUCCGGGUGCAACGGGUUUACACCUGUAGGCUUGCGCUCUCUCGUGCACACCGUGGGUGAAACGCUGCGCCAGCUUGAUUGUUCGUGCACAAUGUUGUCGGUUCCAAUGCUCCAGGUUCUAGCCACUGGUAUUGAGCGUCUGGACGGUGUCAAUUUUUCAUCAUGCCCUCAGCUUCUGAGUGAAGGUGUGCGUGAGUUUAUUUCGUGUUGCAACACUUCGUUAACCCGUUUGAAUCUGUCACGCUGUGGAGCAUUAACAGAUGAUGCACUGGGGUGGGUCGGCGGCGCGCUGGGGCCUCAAGGAUCUCGAACUCGAUGCCGUCGGCUACUAUCGCUCGAUAUUUCGUAUACAAGUGCCAUUGGUGAUCGUGGUCUCGCAGCUCUUGGUGUAGGUUGCCAAGCGCUGCAGUUCUUAAAUCUGGAGGGCCUUGAACGAAUUUCGGAUGCUGGGAUACUGUACGUUGUUCGAGGUUGCAAGGUACUGCGCGUCCUCAGUCUGAAGCGGUGUCACCAAUUGACUAAUGCUACACUUGGGCACAUUGGAAAACAUAGUGUAAAUUUGCGCACGCUUAAUCUUAGCGGUUGCUACGGGAUGUCAUCUGCCGGGCUUUUAGCGAUGAUACAGGGUACAUCGUCAUUGCAGUCUUUGAACCUGGAGGGGUGUCUAUACAUGCGUGAGGACAUCCUUGCGCCACUUGCAACAGCUUGUCCUGCUCUGCAAACGCUCAAUCUGACGGGAUGUCAAGAGAUCACGGAUACUGGUAUAAAGACACUGGCCGAGAACAUGCCAUUCGUACAAAGAGCGCGUACAUAUCGCGGACUGGAACCGCGUGUCGAUGGACUACAGAUCAAAUAUUCAAUUCAGGAGCAGACAAUUCGUUCGUCGGCAGCACUGAGGCUCCAGGCCUACUAUCGUGGAUACCUAGGUCGGCGUGUUGCUACUUCGUGGCGUGAAACAAUGGUGCAAACUCCAGCCUGUCGCAAGAUUCGGCGCUGUUACAUGUGCUGGCACCUUAGACGAGAACUUGAUUUCCGCGUAAAGCGCACGAAGCUUAUAUACCGCAGCGCCGUGCAAAUUCAAAGCUUAGUUAGAGGAGUGCUCGGUCGAGCCGCUCUAGCCCGUUCUCAACAAGAAGAGCAACGACUCAAUGUCUGGGCUGUCUACGCUGUCAAAGUUCAGGCUGCUUAUCGGGGAUAUUGGACACGACGGCAUUUCGUACUUGUGCGUAAAUCCAUGGAGCGAUAUCGCCUUGAAAAGAGUUUUCUUCAGCGUCAAGCUGCAGCAGCUCGCUUACAAAACAGUUACCGUGCGCGAUUUGGUCGAUCUCGCUUUGAAGAUCUGAUGACGCUGAACCAAAGGCGGCGACAAGAGCAGUACAAUGCUGCUGUGACGUUGCAGCGACUUUAUCGAACUCGCGCUACACGUCGCGCGUAUCGUCAGUUGCGUGCUGCUAUUACGCGACAUCAAGAAGAGGCCCGCGAACUUGAACAAAUUGCAGUGAGAUUGCAAAGCAACUGGCGCGGGCAUCGAAGUCGUCAACACGAAUUGAUGCGAGUCCGCGCGGAGGCACAAGCUCGCGAAGCUCUUCGUUACGCAGCAGCUAGCCGCAUUAAUGCCGGUGUGCGUGGAUACUUUGGGCGACGAUAUGCACGAUCUGAGCGUGUUCGAGCUCAAACACAGUACCGUGCUGCUUGUACCAUCCAGCGCGCGUGGUGUAGAUACUCGGAGCCUGACUCGCGACAACUGGAGCUGGACGUAAUGCUCAUGCGCUUACGCGAAAGCGCACUGAAUGAAGAUGCUGCGGCCCGAGCACAACAGGAGGAGAUUUUGCGUAAGGCACGCGAUCUGGCGAAUCGCGAUUCAGCUUCAGAGCCCGAGAGCGAUGACGACUGGCGCGACUUUCAGGACGAAUAUGGUGACCAAUUUUGGUUUUCCCCGUCUCGCAACGAGCGAGUCUACAUGCGUCCAAACGACCAUGCGCGCGAAAAAAGCAUUCUCGAAAUGCCUUGUCGGGUGUUGUGGCCGCUAGAACAGCGCUGGUUUGACGGGCGCAUAACGCGCUACAACCGGAAGAAAGAUCGACACCGCAUCGACUACGAUGACGGUGAUCACGAGUGGCUAAGUGUUUUACACACCGAUUCAUCGCGCGUGCAGCUCUUCAACGGCCACUGCUGGUGUAUGGCUCCCAUGCUAGAUACAUCAAAGCGGGCACUACGAGCCGCUAUUUUCAUCGGGGUCUACUUCCAGCGAUUCGAUCCUCGACGAAUGUUUUGGCGGAGCGGCACCAUCCGAGCGUAUCAUGAACCCAGCGAUAUGUUCUUGCUCAUGUACGACCCUGCCGACUACGGAAAUGGUGAACCACCGCAGUUUGAGCAAGAGUGGGUGGGUGUGUUCUCGACUGAGAACCAUUUUCAAGUGCAGGACUCGAUAACUCACUUAUGGUAUUCCCUCAGCGGUUAUGUAUUCGGUCACGUUAGAGGGCGGCCACUGGACUUGCAGAUGCUGCAGUCCAAGCAAAACGAAUGCAAUUGGUACAGUGUGGCAGACUAUCUGGACUAUGACGAGGAGGACUUCGUGCAAGCAGAAAAUACUGCUACAGGUACAACGGAAUUGGAGGCUGAAAGUGAGCGUACAGCUGACGAGGCAGACAGUGACGACGAUGGCCACGCCGACAGUGAAGAUAAAGGCUACACGGAGGAUUCAGGCGACGACGAAGAAUCUGAGCAAGAAAGCGACGAAGACUCCGAGCAAGAAAACGACGGUAAAAGGCGAGAUGCAUUGUGA